AUGGAUGUACUGACCCACCGGCUGUCCGCGUCUAAAAGACUAGCCUCAAUCCGCAACCCGAGGACGCGCCGUGUUGUGGUGGGUUUUAUUCAUUUGAGGAUUUGGUUCCCGGCUUUUCCCGGUGUAGUCAUGCUAGCUGAUCAAGAAUUGAUUUUAAUGUGUCGACCGCCGGAACCAACACUACUUCGGCACAAAGCUGCGGGGUUCGCCGGAACUUUCCCACAUGGAGCUCGAGUAUCCGGCGUAGUAGAAGAAACACCCGGUAGAUUGGAGUACGAAGUAGCACUUUACCGAGAAGCAACGACGAUUGGUUCAAAUGGAAAUAGUUCAGAAUCAAUAGACGAAGCAGUUCCAAUAGGUGCAAAAUUACAGCUGCGUGCGCGCAUUAGUCCAGAGAGUGCUUGGAGUUACAUAAAAUUGUUAGAAGUUACAGUAAGUCCUGAUCCUGAGCAACCUCACUUUCCUGGUAGUGUAAUUCUAGUGAAAGAUGGAUGUCGCAAUCGCGAAUUUGCUUCCAUUAUACCUCAUCAACCAUCUCGUUAUCAUGACCGUAAAAAUGAAGUGUUCAUAGAUUUUGAGGCUUUUUUAUUGAGCUCAAUGCGUGAUCGUUCCACGUUAUGGAUUCACUCUCAAAUCAAGGCCUGCAUGGAUUCUCAAGAUUGCCAACCGGAUUUUUGCCUUGAUCUAUUUGAACCUGCAGGUCACGGGAAACGGAAAAGGACGAUAAGAGAAAUUAAACAGUAUGUUGAUAAAUAUGGCCAAAAAUCAAGUCAAUUGAUUAAACUAUACAAUGAAUCAACCCCUACAACAAAUUUCAAGGAUAAUAUCGAAUACAGUGUAAUCAUGCAAGAUUAUUCGUACGAGCAUGUAAGGAGCAAUCUUGAAAAAAACUGUAGCAACUUUUUGUACAUAACAGUCGUUCUUGGAGUCUUAGUUUUUUUCUCAGUCUUAAUUAUUUUCUAUUUAGCAAGUCGAUUACAAAGUUUCUCCAAUUCGGCAUCCAUUCAGAACAACUUGACAGACAAUAUCACCAUGAAAAGCUCAAGCAAGUAUUAUAACGUGAUGCCCAUACCAGCCUAUACUGGUCGCUCAAUUCGUCAGUAG